AUGGCUCUCGUCAUCGCCAACAUAGCACCGCCAAAAUUAAGACGCCAAAAAACAUCUAUUAAAGAAUGGGACGGGCAUUUCAUCUGGGACAGACAGGAGCAAGGCGAGCUGCUGGCUGCCUACUACUAUGGUUACGCGGCGGGCCACAUCCCCGGGGGCGUGAUGGCCGACCGUUUCGGAGGUAAAAUCGUCUUCGGGCUCGGCAUCUUCAUCUCGUCCAUCCUCACAAUCCUGACUCCUGCGUCAGCGUGGGCUGGCUAUUACGUCCUUUUCGCCAACAGGAUCGGACAGGGAUUUAUUCUGGGCGGCGUUAUACCAGCCAUACAGACAGUUAUAUGUCGAUGGGCCCCUGACCACGAGAGAAGCAAGUUUUCCGUUAUCUAUGUUGGCGUGUUCGGAGGGACGCUGAUCUCGAUGGCGCUGACGGGCGCGCUGUGCGUGACGUCGGUGGGCUGGCCGCUGGCCUUCUACUUCUUCGGCGGAGUCGGCCUGCUGUGGUGCGUGCCCUGGUGCUUCUACGUCGCGGACUCCCCGGCCCAGCACAAGCACAUUGACCCAGCCGAGCGCUACUUCAUAGAGGCCAACAUAGAGUCCAGCGCCAAGAAAAAAUUGCCGAUUCCCUGGAAGAGUAUCUUGACGUCUCCAGUGCUGUGGGCCUUCGCUGCACUCUUUGUCACCUUGGACUGGACGUAUUACCUCCUGAUCACGUCGCUGCCACAAUACGUUGCCAACGUUCUGCACUUCAACAUAGAAAGUAAUGGGCUGCUGUCCGCCAUUCCACAAAUCGCCGCAGUGGUGGGGAGCCUGCUCUUCGGCUGGCUGGGCGACCCGUGGUUCCGGAAGGGCUGCAUAUCCAAGCUCAACGGGUUCCGCCUCAUAAACGGACUGAACACUCUGGUGCCGGCCGCCACGCUGAUCGUGGUGACUCUGGUGGACGACACGGCCGUGGUCGUGACCAUGCUGGCCAUCAGCGGCUUCUGCCUGUCCACCUACUGCGCCGCGCCCUACAUGAACAUGCAGACGACCUCGCCCAACUACUCUGGUACCAUGACCGGCAUCGUCAACAGCAUCGCCAACCUGACGGGCAUCGCAGUCCCUUACGUCGUCGGAGCCUUCACGAAUGCCGAUAGGACGCGAUCAGGAUGGGACGCGGUGUUCUACCUGUCAGCGGGCCUGGCUGUGGCGGGCUACACCAUCUACGCCACGUGCACCAGAGCUGAGGAGCAGCCAUGGAACACGCCCCCUCCAGACGAGCAACCCAAAGAAAACUGCGGAAGAGGAAUCGACAGCAUGAUCUUCGAUGGUGAUCAGAGAUCUCCUAGCUCUUCUAUUAAAGCCAACCAUGACACUGUAGAAAAUACCACGUCCUCUUCUAUUAAAGCGAACCAGCACACUGAAUACAGUACCACAUCCUCUCCUAGUAAAGCCAACCAGCACGCUGUAGACAAUACCACGUCUGUACCUGUUGUUUAG